AUGGACGGUUGGGCGCGUCGGACGCUCGAGCGCACCGCCACGCCGCCGCCGACUCACUCGCGCGUCGCGAAAAUUCGGACGUCACCACGCCGCGCUUCCAAGUUCCUGCCGCCAGCUCCCCUCCACGCGACCGAUCCUUCGCGGGUCGCCUCAUCUCGUACCCCUGCUCGGCUGCCAUCGCCAGAUGCUGCACUUCUAGUCGCCUUCUACUUGGGUCGCCCAGCCCGCUACAUGUCAUUCGCCAUGCUUCGCGCCGCCUCCCAGCUCUGUCCCUUCUGCGAACUCCGCACCCUCUUCUCCGUUUCAUCGCAAUGCCACCAGACGCGCUUCGCCUCGCAGCUCCAACGGCGCGCAAAGCCUGCGCGCAUGCAACUGUCGCCCAAGGUCGCCCACUCGAAAACGAAGCCCCCUCCACGCAGGAACGAGGGCCCCUUCGCUGGUCUUAACCGCACGACAGUCCCCCGCGCUCUCCAGGCACAAGCAGCACAAGCGGCACAGGCGCCGCCGCCCAAGUCCCGUCAAGACUCAAAAUUCACCAGACCCUCCCGAGAUGCAAAGAGCAGAGGCCCGCAGGACGACCCCAGAUGGUACAAGGCCUUGAAGGAGCGGCGCGCCCUGAGCCCCGUGUCCUACGAUCACAGAUCGGACGUGAAGCAGAGGAUCGCCGAGAUUGACGACUUCCAGCAAUUUCCUUUGCUACCCGUCAUACAAAACUCGAUCCUCACCCAAGGCCUUCCGGGCCUGGAGGACAUAGCACCAACGCCCGCCCAGCGCGUGGCCAUGCCUGCACUGCUCAACAUGGACUCCAAGAGGUCAAGGCGGGGCUCCGCCGAGGUUGCAGGAAUGCAGCAGUUCUUGCUUGCAGCCGAGACAGGCUCGGGCAAGACACUCGCCUACCUCCUCCCCAUCAUGGAUGCAAUGAAGCGUGCAGAGAUGGAGGAGAAGGAGAAGGAAGAGGAAGAGGAAGCAAAGUUGGAAGAAUCAAAGAAGGAAAGAAUGUUCGAGCUCGAGGCGCCGCCGCUCGAAGGCGAGGAAAACCCCAAUGCUGGGAGGCCUCGUGCCAUCAUCCUCGUCCCUUCAGCAGAGUUGGUGGAUCAGGUCGGCGCUGUGGUCAAAUCGUUCUCGCACACUGUGAAGUUCAGGUCGUCGCUCAUCUCGGCUGCCUUCUCCGGCACUGUGAUCAGGAACCGUCUUUUCGCUCCUGCCGGCGUAGACAUUGUCAUUGCUACUCCUCAUUUGCUGGCCAGCAUUGCGGAGAGCGAUCCGAACAUCCUUAGCCGGGUGACUCAUCUUGUCAUCGACGAAGCAGACUCUCUUCUCGAUCGUUCUUUCUCGCCUCUCACUUCUGCCAUAAUCGACAGAGCCACGCCGUCGUUGCGCCAGCUCAUUUUCUGCUCCGCGACCAUCCCCCGCAGCAUGGACACGUAUCUGCGAAACCGCUUCCCCGACAUCAAAAGACUGGUCACCCCCAACAUCCACGCCAUUCCCCGGCGAGUCCAGCUUGGGGUUGUUGCGGUUGACCAGCAACCUUACAAAGGAAACAAGGAUCUUGCCUGCGCGGAUACGAUCUGGAACAUUGGCCGUUCCGCCGCAGAGCAAUCGGACGAUCAAAACGAAGUGGCCACCACGAAGCGUGUUAUCGUCUUCGUCAACGAACGCGAGAAGGCUGUCGAGCUGUCCCGCUUCCUUGUCUCGAAAGGCAUCGAUUCUAUCGCUCUGAACAGAGAUACUUCAGACCAGAGACAGGCCCAGGCCCUAGCCGCUUUCCGGGGCCUGAAGUCCAAGGAUGACAAAGACGCGAAAAGCUCCCCGGGCGAGCGCAGGCUUGCCAACACGAAGGUUGUGGUCGCUACGGAUCUCGGCUCGCGUGGAAUCGACACCAUUGCCGUGAAGUACGUCAUAUUGUACGAUGUUCCGCACUCGACCGUCGACUUCAUCCACCGCCUCGGCCGGACCGGGCGCAUGGGCAGGCGCGGGCGCGGCAUCGUGUUGCUUGGCAAGGGCGACCGUGCUGAUGUGGUCAAGGACGUUAGGGAGGGCAUGUACAGAGGCCAGGCUCUCAUCUAA